AAUUAAUAUUAAAAAAAAAAAAUCAUAUUGAUUACAUUAAAUCAUUUAUAUUUAAUUGAUAGUUAUUAUUUUUGUUUAUAAUCUAUCAAAAAAAAUUUUUCCUCAAAGCUAAUUUUUAUUUGAUAUGCGCUUCUCCUUGAAUAGCCCAGACUAAACCAAUAGAUUAUAAAAUAGAAAGUAUGGAUAAACAUUAUAAGCAAAGAGAAAAAAGUUGGCAAGAAACAUUAGAUAAAAAAGUAAUUUUCAAUAAAAAAUUUGAAAUCAGCUAAGACAUGAUGAAUAUAACUUGAAUCCUUAAGAAAAACAGUUGAUAAUCUUGAGACAUAAUUAUUGCAAAGGCAUUAAUGAAUUUUAUCCUUGCAAUUAUCGACGCAGAAAGGUAUGCAGCAACAUCCGGUAAAGAAAAGUAAAACUAAGCACCAUUAAUAAGUACCCGUUCCAGUUUUAUUUGUUAUAAUAGUUGUAACAUUUUGCUAACAAGUUCCGCAGUAUGCCUAGCAAGGAUAAGGACAUAUAUUUAAAUUGGUGUUAGAAACUAAAGGCUAUUACAUUCCUACAGCUACAGGUUAACCCAUAGCAGGAGGAGGAGGAUACAUCUAAACUUAUGCCAUCUAGUUGGGCUACAUAGGAGGAUAUCCUUGUUGUUAUUAUUGAUACAUUUAUGAUAGUAGCUUUGUGAGUUUAUCUUAAUAUUUAAAGAGAUAAUUUUAUUUGUAAUAAUAUUUAAUUAUUAUCUUUGUUAACCUUUAUUUAUUUAUAUAUAUAUUUAAAGAUAUCUAUAUCCACUGAUUAUUAGCUAUCCCAUAUCGAU